GUGCUGCAUAGAAGUUUCAACCAGUUUCACAACUUUGCGACUACCUUUGCUGCUCUCUACUUCAUUGGUGGUGUUCGCGUCACCUUUUCAACAGGAAUUGCAGCCGGCGGUAACCUCGCAUACUGGACGAGUUAUAUCGUAACAUGUGUCUUUACUUUCAUCACGGCUGCUGUUAUUGCAGAGAUCUGCUCAUCUCUUCCUCUGGCUGGGUCCAUCUACCUUUGGGCAGCUGAGGCUGGCGGUCCUCGAUUUGGUCGACUCUUUGGCUUUGUUGUUGCAUGGUGGAGUACCACUGCCUGGACUACGUUCUGUGCAAGCAACACACAAGCUGCAGUUAACUACAUGCUCUCGGAAAUCGUGGUUUUCAACACAGACUUCCCAUCCGACUCUACCAGUGUCAAGUUCCGUGCCGUGCAAUGGAUCUGCACUGAGGUGAUGCUCGCUCUCGCAGCCAUCUGGAACCUGCUUCCUCCUCGAUACUUCAAGUGGAUCUUUACACUCUCCAGCAGCGUAGUCGUUCUAGACUUUGUUCUGAAUCUCAUCUGGCUGCCCAUCACCACCAGCAAGACGAUUGGAUUCCGGUCUACUCAUGAUGCCUUCAUGACGACCUACAACGGCACUGGAGCUCCUCCUGCUUGGAACUGGUGUCUUUCUUAUCUUGCCACUGCUGGAAUCUUGAUCGGCUUCGAUGCCUCGGGCCACGUGGCUGAGGAGACCAAGAAUGCCUCUGUUGCAGCAGCCAGGGGUAUCUUCUGGAGUACCGUUGUCAGUGGUUUGGGAGGAUUUGCCGUCGUUAUCCUUUUCCUCUUCUGUGUUCCUGACGCAGAGACUCUCUUCUCAUUCGGCGGCGCCCAACCUUUCGUGUCUGUCUACGCUGCAAUUCUUGGAGAAGGUGGACACAUUGUGAUGAACAUUGUUUGCGUUAUGGCACUGUGGUUUAACACUGCAAUUGCUGUCCUUGCCGCCUCUCGACUAGUCUUUGCUGUCGCCCGCGAUGGAGUCCUCCCCUGGUCCAGCUGGACCUCCCGAGUUGUCGCAGGCCAGCCCCGUAACGCCGUCCUCGUCGUCUGGGGCGUUGCCGCCGUCAUCACUUGCACUAUCCUCCCCUCAUCCGUUGCUUUCACCUCCCUUGUCUCCGCUGCAGGUGUCCCCUCGGCUGCUGCUUACGGACUGAUUUGUCUAGCACGACUCUUCCUCACACCCAAGAACUUCCCUAAGCCGGCGUGGAGUCUGGGUCGACUGAGCAAGCCGUUCCAAGUUAUCGCAGUCUUUUGGAACGGCUGGGUGGUUGCGGUACUCUACUCCCCAUACAUCUUCCCCGUGUCUGGAGAGACUCUCAACUAUGCCCCCGUCAUUAUGGGCGGCACAACUAUCCUCGCCUUGCUGUCUUGGUGGUUUGUCCCCGCCGAUCGGUGGCUGCCGAGCCAGAGGAUCCAGCAAACAUUGGACGCCGACAAACAUGCCAGGCAGCAAACAGAGGCACAGAGCGAGCCGUAA